AUGAACUCACCUGAACCUGGAGAUCACUUGAGAACUCCGCUUCGAAGAGCAUCAUACGUCCAUGUUUCUGAUUUAACAAGUGCGUACAAUAUCGAUCAUGGACUGCUCGAGCAAGAGCUUAGUAGAACAAACUCGGAUAGCAAAAGUGAAAGAUCCGGACGGGGAGCUAUUGAAACAGAUAACCAAGUAGACACCAAUAGCGUUGCUGUAGACUUGGAUGUGGCUUCAGCCACUACUUCGCAGAAGAGGUUACAGCCACCUCGUGGGGGUUUCAAUCUUUGUGUGCUUGUUGGAAACGUCAAUAUCGUUGUGGACAAGCGUCGCGUAGAUGGGUCAAGAGUAAGAUUAGCGGAAAUUGAGAUCGGUGAUGAGACUGGAACAGUCUCCCUUCGGGCACGCGACGAACAGAUAGAUGUCUUGGCGCAAGUUUCAGCACGUGCUGGGGCUGUGGUGCUGCGAAACUGCACGUUAGAACUGUUUCAAGGCAGGCACAUUCGACUGGCGAUUACAAAGUGGGGGAAAAUCUCGGUAUAUCCGGACAGCAUUGCGAGUACACCACCUCCGCCUUCGAAAAUGAAUCUCGAGCGCAAUUUCUCUCGAAUUGACCUCACCAUAGUUGCCAGUGAAAUGGUUGAUACGAAUCCAGAGGCAUAUGCUAACAGACAAUAUCGAGUUAUAGCUGAGGCUAUCGAAUCAAGCGGAAGACCAGCAUCAGCAAAAGACAGUGGACAAAGCAUCGCAAAGCACCACAAUCAUUCACGACGAAACAGUCGUGACCGACGCCAUAAUCGAGGGAAGCCAAAUGCUUUUGCCAAUCGAUCUCAUUACAGCAUCGCAAAAAACGAAAGGCAAAUAGUCCAGCCUAACCAGCUGAACUAUCGUGAUAUGCACGGAUAUUCUAGAUUUCCCGAGGGAUUUCGAGUCUCGCAUUAUCCAUAUCCUCUUGGAAGGCAGCAGGAAGUUCUUUCACCCGCCCCAACACAACAGCUUCUGUUUCAGCACCAAUACGAAUUGCAACAGGCACACUACCACCAGCAGGGCUAUGCACAGACGCAAGACCAAAAUACACAUGCUGUGAAUCAAACAGCAGCAUUCGUCCUUGAUCCCAACAACAGAGGGACAUUCGUAUCCAAUACUCUCAACCCACUGCCAGUUUCAAAUGAUGGGACUAGCCACCUUGUGCAAAUCGGUGCAAGUCGUGAAACGCAUGAGAUGACGAGUGCCGUUCCUCAGAUGAGUGGGUCAAUACAUAUGGCGCAACGGCGCCCUGUUUCACCAGAGGAAGCACAAAAAUCUUCCAUAAGGAUGAACCCUGAUGCAAUCACAUUUGCUCCAGCAUCGUAUUCUCAGCUUCUCCCGUUCUUUCCAACCUAUCAUCUACCGGUAUCUCAUUCAACGGCACUUCCCACAUUUGGCCAGGUACCUCAAUUUGCACACGCAAGUGAAAUAUCGUUCAUACCUCAACCUCCACACCAAGUCCCAUCGCCUGAACUACAAAUACAAACAGGUCCAGCGAGUAAGCCUCAGAAGUACGCCCCAGUUAUUCCAGAUGGAAAUGAAAAUAGUGAGAAGAGACCAGAUUGA